AUGGCUUUUUUCAAAUACAAGGAAAUCCUUUUUAUUCCACUGUUCCACUCAGUGGAAACACUCAGCUAUGUAGAAAAUGAAUUCCAACUGCUGGAUGAUGAUACUGUGGUCGUAUCUUACCCCAGGUCAGGUCAGUUGUGCGAUUAAGUAAAUAGAUAGACUCUGGAUUUAGUUGGCUUAGUGAGGUACCACUUUGGAUGAUAAUAUUUAUUACGUCACUAACUUUAAAUAUGAAGCUCACAAAGAAUAUCCCCUCCCCACACUCUUUCGAUACUUUACAACUGUGAUGCUCCAUGAAUGUCAGGACAAAGAAAAGUUAUCUCAGAUUAAGAAAAGAACAGGGGUGGGGGUGGGGAAUAAUAAAAAUACAGAACUAUACAUGACACAUUUGUGCCUGGAAAUUUCACUGCAAAAGAUAAUUGAACUUGAGCUUCAAAGAGAGAAAUUUUCUAGCCAGAUUUAUCACUGCAGUGAGAUUCAUCCACACAUUAAACUCAGAGAGAUAUGUAGGUAGAUCCCUCUUCACUCUAGAUUAAGGUUACCAGAUUUGAAUCCGGGGACACUUUUAAAAUUCAGUGGAUUUUCUAUGGGGACUGAUUUGUAAAUCCGGGGACUGUCCCCGGGAAACGGGGACGUCUGGUAACCUUACUCUAGAUGUCAAACUUUCAGUUCUGAGGGUUUCCCCCCACUCUGUGUAGGCAUCUACAUGCCAUGGAAUGCAACUCUAAGCAACUAAACAAAACAUGAAGGAGCAUCUCCACCCCCAUCAUUCAGCCUGGACAUUGAGGUCCAGCUCCAAGGGCCUUCUGAUGGUUCCCGCACUGCAAGAAGCGAAGUUACAGGGAACUAGGCAGAGGGCCUUCUUGGCAGUGGCACCCACUCUGUGGAACAUCCAUCAGAUGUCAAGGAGAUAAAUAACUACACAACUUUUAGAAGACAUCUCAAGGUAGCCCUGUAUCAGAAGGCUUUUAAUGCUUGUUUUCAUUAUAUUUUUAGAUAAAGCUGCCCAGCGUGGUUGGGGAAACUCAGCCAGAUGGGUGGAGUAUAAAUAAUAAAAUGAUGAUGAUGAUGUGUGCGCACUUGUGCAAAAAGGACAGGUGUGUUGCAGCAGCUCAUGCUUUGUACUCAAAAAUCGCAGACAGUUUUUCUUUAAAACAGCCCUGAUUCCUAGGUAGCUGCCUACGAAAAUGGAGGUCACCAUGACAAACUUGCAUUCUUGGGAUACCUUAACAAUGAAGGCAGAAGAGAUCUAUGUCAAAGGGAACUGUUCAAACUUAUUUAAUAGAAAUAUACUUGUUUAAAUUGUCCAAAAUUAUUUGUGGGUUUUUCAGAAAACAUCACAUAGUCCCAUUGACAAUGGCCAAUAGUCUGGAAACGGACCACAGCCUACCUUGUGCCCACCCCUCUUUCUCACAGUUAUCUGGGCAACUUAAGUCAGCACCCGCCUUCCAGAACAUCACCCACCUUCUCUUUGCACAGACGUUCUUAGGACAAAAUUGUUUGGACUCCUGGCUGGAAACCAAAGGAGGGGAGAAGGCUCUUGUGCUCAUGUUUCGCUCCCUGGUUUCCCACUUGCAUCUGGGAGAAACAGGACGCCAGACUCAAUGGGCCACUGGUCUGAUCCAGCAGGCUACUCUUCUGUUCUCAUUUGCACCACACUCAGCAAAAUAAUAUCAUCAACUUCAGCAUGUUAUACCAUUCCUGAAUUUUGGGGAUCUUGUCGCACAGGAAGGUGCUAAGUAGCUAGCUGUGGACAAAGAUCCAUUCCAUUUCUUGUGAUCAUCUAAUUUAUUUCACAAGGGCCAGACAUUAAUGCACAGAAGAAGAUUGUGACUGGUGGACUUCCUCCUAGGUACCCAUUGGAUGGCGGAGAUCUUGAGCUUAAUACAGAGUCAUGGGGACCCCUCAUGGGUUCAGAAGGUACCACUGUGGGAAAGGGCACCCUGGAUUGAGAUUGAUGUUCAUUUGCAGAUUGCCUUGAAAAAUCCUUCCCCAAGGAUCCUGAAUACUCACCUGCCAUUCCAGCUUUUCCCCAAGUCCUUCCUCCACUCCAAGGCCAAGGUAAGAGAGGAACAAUGGACACAUCAAGCUUGUCUUUGGCUUCUGUCUUUCUGACACAUAGAUGUGAGGGAUUCUGGAACACUUGACACAGCCUCUUUACAGGAGGAUGCCAUAUUUUGUACUAGAGCACAGAGAGAGUUAUUGGAAAGCUCCUUAGCAGUUGCCCGAUUGCGGGAGAACUUGAAUUGGUCAUGGUCCACAUGCAUGGUCAGCCCAGGUCCUCACUGCAGGCUUCUCCUGUUUCCAUGUCAGGCUUUAUUAUGUGAUGCUUUGUGGAUUAUAUAUUUCACAAAUUAAAAGUAUUUAAAGGGCAAAUCUUGAAUGACCAUUUUUUUUCAAAAUGGCAUGAUUUUAUUUAUUUCUUUUUAAAAAAUAUUUUUGUCAGGGAACUGCCAUCGGAAGGAAGGGAGGUGAAAGGGCUCACACAGGUUGGGAGAGACUCAGCAGCUGAAGAGGGAACCAGUAGGGGGAGAGGAGCUGAGCUGAGGGAAAGUGAGCUGGAGGGAUGGCUCAGAGACACUUCCAGCGAAAACAGUGGGGAGGUUUCAGGACCUCCUGUAGGGACACCCACUCCUCGCCGGAAACUGUCACGCAGAGAGUCCAGAAGACGUGUUUCCGUUAAGGAGCUUUUAUGUUGGAAGAAAUUCCGAAAGCAACCACUGUCGGAAUCUGCCAGUGACUAGAGGAGCCAUGUCUGAGGGGCUCCGUCACAGACAGAGGUUUGUGGACUUGAACAAACUCUGAGGGGAUACUGAUUUUACGCACAAGCAGCUCAUCAUCCCAUCACAGCAUUCCGACAGUCUUUGAAAGCAGCUUGUGCAGGAGAAGGCAUCAUGAGCAACCCAGCCGGAACCGGAGAAGCAGGAGCUGGAGCGGGUCCAAGCCUGGAAGAAAGGUACCGGGUGUUGGAGGUCCAGCUAGCGCUGCAGACGGCGAGGCUUGAGGAGAGGAGGGCUCAGGAUGCAGACAAAAGGGAAAGCCACCCAGCUCGCCAGAAAGGUACCAGGAUUGGUGCAGAAGUUUGGGGGGGAGCCCAAAGACUAUCAUGGCUUUCGGACAGAGAUGCAAUAUGCUCUCAAUCUGCAGUUUGAUGAAUUCCCUGACGAGGAAUCACGAGUGGCUUUCGUGAUUGGGCAUCUUGAAAAGGGGCGAGAGACUGGGUUAGACCCCUGAUGGCAGCGAAUAGUGACGUCCUAAAGGACACGAUGAAGUUCUUUCGCGCCAUGGAUCUGAUGUUUUCCAGCGAUAUUGAACAGGGAGUGGUGCGCAGACAGUUAAUGGCUUGCAAACAGGGGAGCCGAUCUGUCCGUGAGUACUGGACUGAGUUCACCAUGCUGGUUCACAGAUUGGGGUGGGACUUAUCGGCGGAACCCAUUCAAAUGCUCUUUGAAGAAGGGCUUUCUUCGGCUGUGAAAGACGAACUUUCCCGGGCGCCCAGGGCGGAGUCUAUGGACCAGCUGACCAAAUCAGCGCUGACCAUAGGAGCGCGCGAGGAGGCGGAGCGAGCAUUGGAGAGGCGGGAAGGGAAGGGGGAACGUUGGAAGGAGUUCCGCAUUCCAGACAUUCCAGAGCCAACUUUCCCGCCGGCAGAGCCGAUGGAAAUCGGAACAGCGCGCGCGCGCAGUUUCAAAGCCCAGUGAGGGGGAAAGAAGGAGCGAAAAGGCGCCCGGAAAUGCUAUCUCUGCCAACAGCCAGGUCACUUUGCCAGAGUCUGCCCCCAGAGGAAGGAAUGGCAAGGGAUGGUAGGAGCUGUGGAGGGAAGAGAGGAAGAAAUACCGGAGCAAGUAAAGCCAACGCCUGGCUGCCACCGUCGGGGCACAGCAGCCAGGCCAAAGAGCAGUGAGAGUGCCCACGCCAGAACCUCCUAAACCCGCCCUAGUGAUAGAAGUGGCGCUAGAGCUGCCAAACGGACACCCUCUAAAGAUAAAGGCGCUGUUGGACUCAGGCAGCUCCUGCAAUUUCAUGAGCAAAGAGUUUGCAGCUGAACACCAGAUACAGACGAUCCCUUUAAGCAACCCCUGCAGGUGACCACGAUCGAUGGCAGGGAGCUGUUGGGAGGAGAAGUCAGCUUGCAGACCGUCCCAAUGAUAAUGAAGGUGGCAAGGCACACCGAACUGAUAGCGUUUAAUGUGGCCACCUUGGGAGGAGCUCCCAUUAUAUUGGGGAUGAGCUGGCUAGCGUUACAUGAUCCGCUGGUGGGCUGGCAUCAGAGAGUGGUUUCUUUUGGUUCAGCACAUUGCUUAGAACAUUGCAAAGAGGGAAAGGGUUUGGCAGGGGCCCAAGCCACCCUAGCAGGGACUGAAGUAACGGAGAACGUGCAGGUACCACGACAAUACGCAGAUCUCCGCGACGUCUUCAGCGAAAGGGAAGCUGACCAACUACCCCCGCAUAGACCCUUUGACUGUCAAAUCAAUUUACUCCCUGGGGCACAGCUCCCUGUAGGCAAGCUGUACGCCAUGUCAGACAGAGAGAUGCAGGAGCUAAGAGAGUUCAUUGACAAGAACCUGAAGAGAGGGUUCAUCAGAGAGUCCAGGGCGGUGGGGGUCAGCCCAGUGUUUUUUUUGGAUAAGAAAAACUCGAACAAGCCGAGGCUGGUGUGUGACUUCAGGGCCUUAAAUGCAGUGUCAGAACCAGUGGCCUUCCCUAUGCCCAGGAUUGACGACAUUUUGACAAGGGUGCGGAAGGGAAAGAUUUUCACAAAGCUGGACCUAAGGGGGGCGUACAACCUGAUACGAAUAAGGAAGGGGGAUGAAUGGAAAACCACCAUGUUCACCCCUUUAGGGGCAUUUGAAUAUUUGGUUAUGCCCUUCGGCCUACAAGCAGGCUCCGCAUGCUUUCAAUCGUUAUGAACCACGUCCUGGGGCCUUUGCUUUACAAGAAUUGUGUGGCCUUCUUAGACGACGUGUUGGUGUAUUCUGAGAAUGAGGAGCAGCAUGUGAGAGACGUCAGAGAAGUGUUGAGCAGGCUGCAAGCCAGCCUGCUGUGGGUGAAACUGGAGAAGUGUCAGUUUCAUACCAAGGAGGUGGAAUUCCUGGGGUAUCGCCUGUCGGACAAGGGAUUGACCAUGGAUCCCGGCAAGGUCCAGGCGGUGCUGGAAUGGAAAACACCCAAAACAAGGAAGGAUGUGCAGAGGUUCCUAGGAUUUGGGAACUUCUAUCGUAAGUUCAUCCGAAACUUUGCCCACCUGACGGCGCCCAUUACGGACUGUCUCAGCAGUAAGAAGAAGUUCGUUUGGACUGAGGAGGCGGAGCGAGCAUUUGAGGAACUUCGCCUCGGAACAACAACUCCUGCAUGUGGAUUUACAAAAACCGAUGAGAGUGGAAACUGACGCAUCAGACAGAGCGAUUGGGGCGGUGCUUCUGCAGCCAGGGAAGGAGGAGUCAGAGUGGAGACCGUGUGCCUUUUUUCGCGAAAGCUGAACAAAUCCGAGAGGAACUACACGGUGUAUGACCGAGAACUACUAGCCAUUCAUGAGGCGUUCCGGAGAUGGAGGCACCUGCUAAUUGGCGCACAACAUAAGGUGCAAGUGUGCACUGACCACAAGAACCUAGAGUAUUGGAGGACGGCACGAGUGCUCAACCAACGGCAAGUGAGAUGGGCCCAGGAGUUCUCCAAAUUUAACUUUGAGAUUUGUUACGUGCCAGGCCCAGAGAACAUUAGGGCGGACGCUCUCUCACGCAAACCUGAGUAUUUGGAGGGAGGGAGCACCCGAAGAGAGACAUGUCAUUCCAGAGGACCGCUGGGUGUGUGGGGCGGCAUUGGUGGGACAAAGAGAACUGGUAGAGGAAACAGAGAAUGAUGAAUACGCCCAGAAUAAGCUCAGAGGUCGUAGGGGUGAGGGAGAGGAACCACGGGGUUUAGAGGAAAGAAAUGGAGCUUUGUAUUACAAAGGGGCACUGUAUAUCCCUGAAGGAGACUUAAGGGGGAGGGUACUCAAGCAGUUGCAUGACAGCCCCACGGCGGGGCAUUUUGGACAACACAAAACCAUGUGGUUGGUCACCAGGGAAUUUUGGUGGCCUAAGGUGAGGGAAGAUGUACGUGAGUAUGUAAGAGGGUGCGAGCAAUGCCAGCGAGCCAAAGGGGAAAGGAGGGCGCCGGCCCCCCAAUUAGAACCCUUACCAACCCCAGAACGACCUUGGGAGGCAGUGUCGAUAGAUUUUAUGACUGAUCUGCCGAAGUCCAAAGGGAAAACAGCCAUCAUGGUGGUGGUAGACCUACUAACAAAGAUGUGCCACUUUGUAGCUUGCUCGCAUGCAGUCACGGCGGAAGAGACAGCGAAGUUAUUUGUAGAACACAUUUUUAGGUUGCACGGGGUGCCAUUGAGGGUGGUCUCAGACCGAGGAAAACAAUUUACUUCCAGGUUCUGGAGGAAGCUCAUGAGCUUACUGCAGGUGGAGGUCAACUUUUCGACUGCCCGGCACCCUGAAACCAACGGGCAGGCGGAAAGAGCAAACGGUGUCCUCCAGCAAUACCUGAGGUGUUAUGUCAAUGACAGAGAGAAUGACUGGGUAGAAAAGUUGGCGCUGGCGGAAUUUGCCUACAACAAUGCCGAGAAUGUGUCCACAGGGAUGAGCCCCUUCUUGGCCAAUUAUGGGUGUCAUCCCAGGGCUUUCCCAGGGGGAGAAGGGGAGAGAUGGAGCGUCCCGGCAGCCGAGCAUUUUGUAGAAGAAAUGGAAGCAAUCCAUCGUCAGCUCCAACUCAACUUAGAAAGGGCGAAGGAAGAAUACAAGAGGCAGGCAGACAAGAACCGAAGGGAAGGUGAAACCAUAAGGGUGGGAGAUAGGGUGUGGCUGUCAACCCAAGGGUUGCCGUUCAAAGGAGGUUGUAAGAAAUUAAGACCCAGGAGGUUGGGUCCCUUUGAGGUCAUUCAACAGGUCAACCCAGUGGCUUUCAGGCUCCGGUUACCCAACCACAUGAAACUGCACCCAGUAUUUCACAGGUCGUUACUGUCACCGUACCAGGGGGGACGAGAAGGGAUGGCCACUCGGGGACCGGUCAUAGAAGAAAGAGAAUGCAGCAGCCAUGUGGCAGAAAUCCUCGACGCCAGGUGGAAGGGGGAUCAGGUGGAGUAUUUGGUAGCGUGGGAAGGAGAACCGGAGUCAGAAAACACUUGGGUAAUGGCCGAAGAUAUCAAUGACGAGGUAUUGAUAGAAACGUUCCAUCAAAGGUUCCCAAGGAAACCUCAGCCUGUGGAGAGGUUCCGGAGGGAAUACUUUGGGACCACUGAUGAGGAGGAGGAGUGGGAAGGAUUCCCGGACUCGGAAGGGGAAGGGGAGAUGGACUCUGAGGAGGAGGAGUACUUCGAGACCAGGAACCGCAACAGGUGGAGAGAAGUGUUCGAGACAUCGGAAGAUGAAGGAAGUUCAUUCCGGGGUUUUGCCUCCUCACCGCCCGUAGAGGAGGGGCGAGAGGGGGGUGAAGGGGGCCCUGGAGGGGAGGUGGAUGUCAGGGAACUGCCAUCGGAAGGAAGGGAGGUGAAAGGGCUCACACAGGUUGGGAGAGACUCAGCAGCUGAAGAGGGAACCAGUAGGGGAGAGGAGCUGAGCUGAGGGAAAGUGAGCUGGAGGGAUGGCUCAGAGACACUUCCAGCGAAAACAGUGGGGAGGUUUCAGGACCUCCUGUAGGGACACCCACUCCUCGCCGGAAACUGUCACGCAGAGAGUCCAGAAGACGUGUUUCCGUUAAGGAGCUUUUAUGUUGGAAGAAAUUCCGAAAGCAACCACUGUCGGAAUCUGCCAGUGACUAGAGGAGCCAUGUCUGAGGGGCUCCGUCACAGACAGAGGUUUGUGGACUUGAACAAACUCUGAGGGGAUACGAUUUUACGCACAAGCAGCUCAUCAUCCCAUCACAAUUUUUAUUAAAGAUUUUCUUGGUUUACAAAAGUACAUGCAUUGUUUCUUUUUUCAGGUUCUAUAGUCUUUCUUACAAAUCAGUUACAGAUAUUAGUGUUGAGUACUGUAUAAGGUUGGGGAAGAAGAGGGGGAGAGGAGGGGUGGGGUGGUGAGGCUAAUAUUUUUUGUAUAGUGUACGUGUAAGGUUUUGUGUCAGCGUCAACUGGGAAGGUUCUCUUUCUAUUCAUUUAUUGCAUUUCCUUGGUAGUGAGAGGUAUGGGGGGUCAGGGUGGGGUUGGUUGUCUAUGGGUGGCUGCAGUGCGGUUUGUUUGCAUUUGUGAGGGGAGGGGGAGUGCUUGUUGGGUCAGGUAAACCAGAGUGAUUCUUAUGCUGUUGGUGGAUUCUUCUUGUUAUUUUGUUGGGCUGUGUAUGUGAUAAAUGGGAGCCACACUGGGGUGAAGGUGUCCUUUUCUAUUGGUUCCCGUGUCAGUUUCAGUUUAUUGGUUAGCUUUUCUAGUAAGGCAGUUACAGUUUUUAGUGACACAGUGUAUUCUAGUUUUGAGGGAUUUUGUUCCUGCAUCUGUUUGCUAAUAGUCUGGAGUCCUUCCCUCCAUAUUCGUAAAAUGGUUGUUUUAUUAUUGAUUUCUAGACAGUCAAUUCCCCUUCUUUUUUGUUCCAUGAAUUUAAGAUGGGUUGUUGUUUUUUUGGCUCCUGUUUGUUUGUAGUGUGAUGAGAGAGUCAUAAUGUCUUGUUCUAAUUUACCAAUUUAUGCAAGCUCCUCUGGUGACUGCUUUCAUUGUGUCCCAAAGGAGGGGGGUUGUUAUUUUGCCCACAUCAUUGUCCUUAAAGAAGAGACUAAUUCCCCUUUUUGGAGGAGAAAAGCACUGUUCUUUGGGCUAAAAUGUUAAAAUGUUGAGCUUUUUUUAGGGGAGCCAAAGUUGUUGAGCUUCUUUGGGGGGGGUGCCAGUGAUCUAACGGUGAUCUAUCUACCACAGAUGUCCAGUGAUCUACCUGUUGGACGUGCCUGGAGCAGACCAUUUGAAAUUAAUGGUCCUAUGUUAGUUAUGCCCAUUAUUUUCAGUGGCUCCACUCUGAGUAGAUGUCACACUGGAUACAUUCAGUAACAGUAAAUUAAAUAGCAAUUUGUUACCCUUUCAUGGGACAGUAGUCAGCUGCCACACUCUGCCUAAUGUUAGGGCCAAGAUGGCUGCUCUCCCUAAAUGUGGUCCUGUAUCUGUUACAGAUAGUCUGUACACUGCGUAACCCCAGAGAUGUGAUGGUUUCAGCCUACUACUUCAGGAAAGGCUAUAAAGAUUGCAAUGAUCUAGAAACUGUGGAAGAGUUCAUGGAGAGUUUCCUGAGUGGGGAAGGUAUGGAAGGAGGCAAAUCAGCCAGUCUCCUUUGUUGUGGUCCAGCACAAUGUCUACUACCAGAAAGGCUCUCUUCUUAGCUAAUGGAACAGCCUUGACAGAGAAGUAUAAGUUGCAGUUGGAUACAUGGAGAAGGGAAGAAAUGGGUGAAAGUCCUAUUUUAGUCAUUUUCUUUUUAAGCAAAUUAAUAAACGUCCUUAACAAAUGGGUAAGACUGGCACCAACAUGAGAAUAGAGUGAAACCUCACAUUCAGUGUUGUGGAUGAUAACAGACAUUCGCUGGUGGCAGAGACAAAAACAAACAAACCUUAACAGAGAAAGCUUCAUUCAAACCUUUACUUCUCCUUUGUGUGGAUAAUGUCACUACACACAUCAGUCACUAGGUGGCGCUGGACAUACGCCAGAGUCAAUGUUUUCUGUUAUUUAUUUUGUUUUUGAGGGACAAUGCAGUCGUUCUAAGUCCCUGACAGGCCAACUUGAAUAAACCCCACCUAGCUAUUCUACGCUGCAUCAACAGAAGUAUAGUGCCCAGAGCAAGAGGAGUCAAAGGCCCACUCUCUUCCGCCUUGGUCAGACCACACCUGGAAUACUGUGUCCAGUUCUAGGCACCACAAUUUAAGAAGGAUAUUGACAAGAUGGGAUGUGUGUAAAGGAGCUUGACCAACAUGAUCAAGGGUCUGGAAACCAAACCUUAUGAGGAGCAGUUGAGGGAGUUGGGUAUGUUUAGCCUUGGAAAUGGCCCUCAGCCCCCAGGAGCUGGCACCUAUGCUGACUGGUGUUUCUUCUACAUCUACAAUGGCAUUCUCUCCCUUCCCAGUGAUGGGAAGGCAUUCCACAGGGUGCCUGGUUCCCUGUCACUUCAGGGAAGAGCCAGUGUGGUGUAGUGGUUAAGAGUGGUAGUCUCAUAAUCUGCUGAACUGGGUUCGCUUCCCUGCUCCUCCACAUGCAGCUGCUGGGUGACCUUGGGCUAGUCACACUUCUUUGAAGUCUCUCAGCCCCACUCACCUCACAGAGUGUUUGUUGUGGGGAAGGAAGGGAAAGGAGACUGUUAGGUAGUGAUAAAGUGGGAUAUCAAAUCCAAACUCUUCUUCUUCCCUGCACAACUCUUUACAUUUCACCAUUGUUUCCUCUUUGCUCUUCCAGUGGGUUAUGGUUCCUGGUUUGACCAUGUGAAAGGCUGGGUGGAGAUGAAGGAGAGAGCCAACAUCUUCUUCAUCACCUAUGAAGAACUGCAGCAGGUACAGGUCCAAGCUUGCCUGUGUUCAUGCACUACCAGGUUACGGGCCCAACUCUGACAUUAUUCAUGCAUGAAGUUGCCAAUUUUUUGUUUGGAAAGAUUCUGGUACUAUUGGCCAGAUGACUCUGAGGAAGUGCAAAAUUCCUUGCUACCCCUACAAGAAUUAUGAAGAAAAUAAGAAUAAUAUUGUACCCAUUCAAAUGGGUGGCUUGCUUCAGCCACUCUGGCCAGCACAUAUAAAGACAUAAUAAAACAUUAAGCAUUAAAAAGCUUCGCUAUACAGGGCUGCCUUCAGAUGUCUUCUAAAGUUUACAUAGUUACUCAUCUCCUCAAUAUCUGAUGGGAGGGUGUUCCACAGGGUGAGGCCACUACCAAGAAGGUCCUCUGCCUGGUUCCCUGUAGUUUCACUUGCGUGCCAAGGCCCCGUGACUUGCAGUUCCCUAGUGGGUAAUAAACACAUGGACAAAAGUAUUUAGGCUUAUGGGUUCAAAUAGGCCACAACUUUAUUGGUUACAGAUGUGAGUGGUUUGGCUUAGGCACUGGGUGACACUCAACUCCCACCCAUCUGCAGGGAGUCCAGCUAAGGACAAACCACCAAUAGGGGGAGACCUAUGACUUACAUCAAAUAGGGGCAACCAACAGUUCCCCGUUGUGGUCGUGGCAUGGCCCUAGCCCAUGUCCGGGCAUUGGAUAGGAUCCACACCCCCGGAUCCCUUUAACAGGAUACCCUUAAUGAGGAGGAGCAGGAGGAGGCUACAACUUCCCCUCCAUCCAAACAAAGGCUUACCCAAUGCCUAACCUCACAAAGUUGUGACGAUUGCUAUAAGUUAGGCAAAAACCAAAUGGCUGGUGCCAAUUUGCCAAGUGAAAAAAACCCCUACCCGACCCCAACAAUAUGGCAGCUGACAUUUGUCCAUAGCAAGGUCAUGUCAUAGCAAAGCAUAAAAAAGAAGGCAGGUGGGUUGGGAGAUCUGGCAAAGGACGAGAGAGGAGGGCCACCUGGCUGUGCCACAGAUUAAAUUACCCAUGGCCACACCCCCAACUGGCACUGAUUGGACAGCGGGGCAACCCUGGGCAUGGCCCCACCCAACGCCGGUGACGCAGCCAGGAUGGCAUUAGGGGGUUGUCAAUCUCUGCCCCCGCCAGAUCACUGCAGUGGUCAGGAUACCUGGCUGCAAAUCCGCCCACCGGAAAAGGUGAGUGGACUUCUCACAGUGAGGGAACCUCCAGAAGGCCCUUGGUGUUAGAUCUCAGUGUCUGGGCUGAACAAUUGGGGUGAAGAUGCUCCUUCAGGAUUUAAAAGGAUUUAAAGGCAAACAGCCUCAUAUCAUGCACAGAGUGCCCUUCCUUUCUUCUGCAUUGGAGCAGGUAUGUCAAUAGGCUGUGUCAUUUCAGGGAUGUGAAAACUAAAUUUUUGCAAAUUUAUUCAGUGAGGUGCCUUAAAAACAGGUUUUUGGGUGUGAGGAUUUCAAAUCUACUAUUUUCGUGAUUGGACAACAUUUAGUUUGGUAAGACCACAUAGGAAUGAGGAAACACAUAAAUUGCUUUCAGAAAACCAAAGAAUUUUAUCUUCUGAAAAUUUUAGGUAAUACAGUGAUACCUCUGGUUGCAAACGGGAUCCAUUCCGGAGGUCCGGCCAUAUCCUGAAGUUUUUGCAACCGGAGGACUGCUUCUGCGCACUCGCGCGGCAUGGUUUACAGCUUCUGCGCAUGCGCAUGAGGCAAAAACCUGGAAAUAUACUUCCGGGUUUGCUGCUUACAUAUCCCAAUGUUUACGUAACCAGAGGUACAACUGUACUUUAUCAUAAUCAUAAUGAAAAAAUAUAAUAGCAAGUAAUUGGCAAUCAUUUUUAAUGACUCAUAUGCAAUUCUACACACAUUUUGUUUACCAAGCGAAACAAAACUAUAUUAAUUUAACCAAUAUAUGUUUGCAUUUUCAAGUCAUGUUACAACUUUUUAGUAGCCCUCUUUUUUUGGGAAAUGGAAUGCUGAAAAAUUCAACACCCCCUAGUAUGACAAUAAGCUGCUUUUCUGCCUUGAAUGCAAUGUCUCUUGCUGACUCUGAUGCCUCCUGGGUGCUGUGAUGGCUGAGGAGCAGCUGGAGACAGGAUGGGUUCUGCACAGUGAUAGCAGUGAAUUCCACACCUCAUGGCAUCCAUCUUGCCCAAAUCACAUACACCUCUGUGUGCCUCUUGAUCAAGGGCAAGCUCUCUACAUCACAUGAGGAUUCACAGCCAUUUCCUUUUGCUUUCUGCAGGACCUUCGAGGCAGCGUGCAGAAGAUCUGUCAUUUUCUUGGCAAGGAGCUGAACAGCCAACAAAUUGAGUCUGUGGUGGAAAACGCCUCCUUCCACAAGAUGAAGGACAACAAGAUGUCCAACUUUUCUUUAAUACCAGAGAGCAUUUUUGACCACACAAAAGCAAAGUUCAUGAGGAAAGGUAAAAACAUUGGAAGCCAAGAAAUAAGGCCAUAAUGCUGCGUACCAGGGGUGAAGAACCUUUUUCUUUUUCUGUGGAUGUCUGUUGCCUUGCAGAAAAAGCCAAUCCCCAACUAGGCCAGAAAGUGGGGACAGUUUGCCUGAUAUCAUACGGUUCUCUCUGUGCAACAUCUCACCAAUGUCUAGCUUUGUUGCAUGGAUGCCCCAAUCAAAACAAGAGAUGUUCUGAGAACAAGGGUAUGCCUGUAAGAUUUUGAGGCUUGGAUAAUUCUGGGGACUGCCUGAAAAUAGGUUGCAGAUUCUCCAGGCCAUCAAGACACAGUAGUUGCCUCAGGGUUGUUUAUGCCAGAGUUGGCAGGUUCUGUGCCUUUCACAUCGAUUGGGAGAGCAAGCAGAAAUUCAGCAGGCAGAGCAACAGACACACAGUUCUUGGAGAUCUCUAUGGUGCGAUAAGAAAGUAUGGCUGGACCCAGCUGGUCCAGGUACCCAACAUGCAUGCAUUAGUGCUGCUGGAAAGCCAAAUCAGGAGGGUGGGAAUGGCUGGGGAGGGGCUCAGGGCAAACAGCUAGGGGGCAUCUGUUUACUUCCAUAACAUCAGCCAUCUGAGGGAGCUGCCACAUGUCUGAGCAUGAGAAAUAAAAGUUAUAAUUUGAGCUGAAGUAAUUUCAUGCAAACUUCUUUGUGGUUGACAUUUGCUCUUGUGUUGUUCUAGGGAUCUCCGGGGACUGGAAGAACCACCUGACAGUGGCGCAGAGUGAACGCUUUGAUGAUGCCUAUCAGGAGAACAUGCAUGGUGUGAAUAUGACCUUCCCUUGGGAAUGA